AUGUCCCGUCCUGAAUGCAUCGGUCCACCUGAAUUGUAUUAUAAUGAAGAUCAAGCUGCAAAGUACUCUCGGAACUCACACAUUAUUGGAAUCCAAAGACAAAUGACGGAAAGAGCUGUUGAGUUGCUUGCUAUUCCAGACAAUGAAACACCGAGACUAAUCCUGGAUAUUGGAUGUGGUUCGGGAUUAAGCGGAGAAAUGCUUACAGAUAUGGGUUAUUAUUGGAUUGGCGUGGACAUUAGUGAAGCAAUGUUAAAAGUUGCUACAGAAGAUCGAGAAGUAAAAGGCGAUAUUUUGCUACAUGAUAUGGGCGUUGGCCUGCCUUUUCGACCAGGUACAUUUGAUGGUGCAAUUAGCAUAUCUGCUCUUCAGUGGCUUUGCCACGCUAAUAGCAAAGACCAAAAUCCACGGAGGCGGCUGCUUUGUUUUUUUCAGUCAUUGUAUGCAUGCUUGAGUCGAGGUUCUCGUGCCGCACUUCAGUUUUAUCCAGAAACUAUCGAUCAGUCAGAACUUAUAACAACUCAAGCCAUGAAAGCAGGUUUCACUGGGGGCCUUGUUAUUGAUUACCCACACAGCUCCAAAGCCAAAAAAGUUUAUUUGGUUUUGAUGGUCGGUGGUUUGCAACAGCUACCUAAAUCAUUAACUGAGGAUAAAAAUACCGAUCAUAUUUCGAACAUAGAAAGAAGGUCAUGGAAGAACAAAAAACGUGGAAAGCGUGUGGUUGUGAAACGUUCGCGAGAUUGGAUAGAGAGUAAAAAAGAACGUGCACGUAAGCGUGGAAAAGAUGUUUGCGCAUCUUCAAAGUAUACGGGUCGAAAAAGGAGACGAUUUGUAUAA